AUGGCACGUCCGUCUGCCCAGGCAUCGGUUUACAUUACCAAUCACUUAUACAAAAGAGUAUUGAUUGUGCAUUGUCGAUCCAAAGACGACGACCUCGGAGCCCAUGCGGUAGCCGUUGGGGCAACCAUCCACUGGAGGUUCGGGCCUAAUAUGUUUGGCAGGACACUUUUCUGGUGCAAACUCGCGGUCGAAGACAAGCGUAUUCAUUUCGUGGCGUACGAAAAACGCAUCAGAAGUUACGGGAACUGGUUUGUUUGUGACGACGGAGUUUAUGGGACACCCAAUCACCGUCCGGCCUUUCUCAAGGCUGCGUGGAAGCGACCAUAA